GUCACAAGCACCGGCAAGCGUGAGCUGAUCACAAAAUUGGUAGGCCAUGCGUGUGUAUAACACGUCGCCGCCAAGGCAUUCCUAUCUUGCCGCUCCAAGGACGCAGAUUGCCUUACAUCCACCAUAAAUCAUACUGGACUGAGCGUGAACGAUGGCUCCUUGGACAUCGAAGCAGAUUGCGACAUCACUGGACAAGCUCACCCUUGCCAAUAAAGACGAGGUUGCCAGUCGUCUCGUUAAUAUCGUCGAAACAAGAGGCCAAGUCGAGAAAUUGGCUGGCCUUGUCAGUGCCAAGGUCAGCAAGCUUUACGCACCAGGCUUUCACCGCUCGUACGACGACGGGAGAAGAGCGCUGGCCGAUGCGUUUGUCGCGAGACUGCUCCAUCACUUUGCAAAUCGGCGAAAAUCCAUCAAAGGCGUGCCCACGAGUCAAGGUCUCAGCGGCGUGCCACUGCUCAAGUCGGACCUCCUCUCCUCGGCAUGGAUCCGUCCAAGGAGAAAAGGGAAGCAGCAUCACAUGACCGUUGCGCCGGUCGUGGCGGCGCUCUACGGCGCCGGGUGCGCAUCCGUCGCAGACGCAAGAGCCGUCGUCGAGGCAUGCCUCGACGAUGGGGAACAAGCGAGGGUGGAAGACGCGCUGCUUAUUCUGGAACAUGCCGCGAGGGACAUUGAUGCCGAAGCGCCCGAGAAGCUGGACGACAUGAUGUCAACUCUCACGCGCCAACUCGACAGCCACGAAGACCUAAGCAGUGAGCGCAUACAAUGCGGAAAUCGGGUGCUACCGAGCUUGUACGACCGUCUGGACGUGCUCAUCGACAACAGGCAACGCGCAUGGAAGAUGAGUCCGUAUGGUGCGGCGGGCUUCUCUGGUGCUCAGAGCAGCGCCAGCGACCCCGCUGCCAGCCGGAGAGGGUCCGAAGCCCCUGUCGCUUCGCUGGAUAAUGAUUCAGACUCGGACGACGCCGAGGAGAUCAUGACACCUGACGGCGCAGAGAGUCUAAUCAGCGCAGACGAUUCGGGCGGCGUCGGGUCAAGACUCGCAGACGAGGAAGCAACGAGACGGUCACAAUCACCCUGGCCUGCUUACUUUGCCGCAAAAUCCCACGACGACGCGCCAGGUGAGACAGUCGGCGCGGCCGCUGCACAGUCAAGGGACGAAGUUGUUAUUUGGGCAUCGUCAUAAAAUAAACAUCGUCUCUGCUGGCCAUCCCGGCUGUCAAGAACAAUGCAUUCUGGCGUUGAUACCAUCAAGUCCAUCAACAAAGACCAUCGUAGUUCUUCCUGACGAUGUCAUUCCAAAGAUGACCUUUUGAGGAGGACUGAAAGCAAUGUGACAAAAGCAAGAUGCUCUGCACGGUGACAGGUCUUCUCUCCUCCCGUGAAGAUCGAAACAUGUAAGUUGACGAGCGUGCAGUUUUUGGCCCAUUAGGCACCAAAACUAUUCUUAGCAUGAAGGGUUCAAUUAUUGAGAAUUUUCAUUCUUCGGCUGGAUCGUUUGGAGAAUUCUCAAAUCCACGAAAUUUUUACCAGG